CUCUUCUUCGCCCUCCUUGAGGCCAUCUCCUCCCCUUCCGGAGGGACCCCCACUCCCCUGCCAGUCUCUGUAGCCCGAAGCUUCCCUUCUGUGUUUCCACAAUGUUGCCCAGUUCCAGUCCCCAGCGGGGAAGCCCCACUUUACCAGGGACCCGACUCAGGCGAGUCCCACCCUCCUCCAGGCUGUCCUGAAGGCAAGGCAGUCCCGCUCCCCCUGCUCCCUUCCAUCCUGCCAGACUUUCCCUCCUCCUACCCUUCCUACUCUCUCACAUCCCACUCAGUCCCCUCCUCAAAGUCUAACCUAAGGGAGCCCCACCCCUGGGUACCCCUUUGGCUAUUGUCCCAGUCCAGGACUUCCCCUGGACGGCCCUUGUCGUAAGCUCCGCCCUCUUCGAGAGUAGCAAUCUCUGUUCCAGUCUUCUCUGUCCCACGCUUCCCGGGCCCCUCCCCUGGACAACCCCUGGGCUUGAUCCAGCCGACACCGCCCUUCCUAGUGGCCACUGGCUGGGAAUGGCUGAAGGGCUACAACUUACUGUUGGUGCUCUGCCAGGAGGAGGAGAAAAGAGGGAAGGGGGCGUGGCCGAGGGGGGUGGGUCUGGGCCCGGAGAGUGAAAGCGAAAGCUGGGGCGCCUAGCCCCGAGACUCAGGAGACUGGAGAAGCAUGGCCAAGCCUUGUGGGGUUCGCCAGAGUGGAGAAGCCCGUAAACAGGUGGAUGUCUUCAGACAAAAUCUUUUCCAGGAGGCUGAUGACUUCCUCUGCACGUUCUUGCCACGGAAGAUCCUGUCCCUGAGUCAGCUCCUGCAGGAGGACUCCCUGAAUGUGGCUGACCUCUCCUCCCUCCGGGCUCCUCUGGACAUCCCCAUCCCAGAUCCCCCACCUAAGGACGAUGAGAUGGAAACAGACAAGCAGGAGAAGAAAGAAGUCCCUAAAUGUGGCUUUCUCCCUGGGAAUGAGAAGCUGCUGGCUCUGCUUGCUGUGGUUAAGCCGGAAGUCUGGACUCUCAAAGAGAAGUGCAUUCUGGUAAUCACAUGGAUCCAGCACCUCAUCCCCAAGAUUGAGGAUGGAAAUGAUUUUGGGGUGGCGAUUCAGGAGAAGGUGCUGGAGAGAGUGAAUGCUGUCAAGACCAAAGUAGAAGCUUUCCAGACAACGAUUUCCAAGUACUUCUCAGAACGUGGGGAUGCUGUGGCCAAGGCCUCCAAGGAAACCCACGUAAUGGAUUACCGGGCCUUAGUACAUGAGCGAGACGAAGCAGCCUACAGGGAGCUCAGGGCCAUGGUGCUGGACCUGAGGGCCUUCUACGCUGAGCUUUACCAUAUCAUCAGCAGCAACCUAGAGAAAAUUGUCAACCCAAAGGGUGAAGAAAAGCCAUCUAUGUACUGAGCUAAGGAUUAAAGGGAAAAUAAAUGACUUAUACUUGAUGUA